AUGGCGUGCAUUAUUCCUUUCCAGCAACAACCCCUUCUACCAGUAAGCCCCUCCGCCGCACCAUCUGUCCUUUGGGAUGUCGGACUGGAUUUGUUGAAGUACCAAGAGUUCUACAACACACAAAGGGAUGGGAAUCUAGUGUCUACUGACUCCGACUUUUGGAACGGUUUGAUGGAAGAAUCGUCCAACUGCGGUGCACAAUACUUCGUUGUCCGCAACGAAGUUAGACAGGAUCAGGGCCAGCCACCAGUGGAGACAACUGUGGGAGUUAACGCUCGAACUGUGGAGGAAGGGCAUUUGAAUACAGCUGUUGUGAAUGAUGAAGGAUCAUCUUCAACGGGCUCAACCCAUGUUGUCUGCUCUCAGACAGAGUCAAGGAUUCCAAUGCAAGGAAACGAAGUUGAAGGUGGUAUGGUUACUCUUAGUCUCGGACCAACUCAGACUGAAAAAACCAAGGUUAUAACUGAAGCUACCAACCCAUCUAAGACCCCUGCUCUAAGUCUGACCCUAGCUGGCGGCAAUGUUGAAGGGGGAACUCAGAAGAAACCAAAUCAUAUCAAUCUUGCGGAGACAUCAAUCCGAAGGGAGCGAGACAGAGGCGCAGGUGGAAUGGAUGAUUGUGGAGAUGCUUAUAGAGCUCAACUAGAGGUUGGGAUGAUGUUCCGAAACCGGGAUUCAUUCAAGCAGCAUAUAGCAAUGUUUGCAAUCGACAAGAAGUUUUGCUUCCGGAGCGUGAAGUCAGAUCCCAGCAUGAUGAUCUUGCGCUGCAUCAACUCAUCUUGCCCAUGGCGUGUGUAUGCACUCAGGUUAAAGGAUUCAGAAGUGUUUGAGGUAAGGAAACUUGUAAGUGCCCACACAUGUUCUAUUGCCGACCGUGGUGGGUACCAGAGCCAGGCGACUUCGGCUGUCAUUGGAGAGCUGUUGAAAAUAAAAUUUACUGGUAACGGGAUCGGACCAAAACCAAGGGAAAUUCGAAUGAUGAUGCGGGGUGACCAUGACGUCUCAGUUUCAUACUGGAAAGCGUGGAAGUCCAGGGAUUUGGGUGUUGAUAAUAGCCAUGGAAUGUCCACUGCUUCUUAUGUGAAGCUCCCGGCGCAUCUGAAUAGCCUUGUCUUAGCAAAUCCAGGAUCUGUGUCCAACUUGCACACGGAGCCAACCGAGGGAGGGGGGCAGCAAUUCAAAUACAUGUUCCUCGCUUUUGGAGCUUCUAUUGAAGGAUAUGGAGCUAUGAGGAAGGUGGUGGUUGUUGAUGAGACACAUUUAAAAGGAAAAUAUGCAGGUUGUUUGCUCACAGCUUCGACACAAGAUGGGAACUACCAAAUAUUUCCCUUGGCAUUCGCGAUUGUUGAUAGUGAGAAUGACAUGUCCUGGGAGUGGUUUUUCCAAAACCUAUCAGCAUUUGUGCCCAACGACCCUGGAUUGACCAUUGUUUCCGACAGACAUCCCUCUAUCUACAAAGGGCUUAGCACGGUGUAUCCUAGCGCGGGGCACUGUGUUUGUGUUGUUCAUCUCAAGAGAAACAUCAGGACAAACUUCCGUGGGAGACGUUUAGGGUAUCUAGUUGCAAAAGCAGCAAGGGCAUAUAGGUUGCAUGAUUUCUACGCGACAUUCAAUGAGAUUAAAGUGAUGGAUCCUUCGUGUGCAGCAUACCUAGUGGAGAUUGGGUUUCAGCACUGGGCGCGAUCCCAUUAUCCUGGAAACCGAUACGACGUAAUGACGAGUAACCUAGCUGAAUCAUGGAAUUCAGUUUUGUGCGAAGCCAGGGAGUUUCCCAUUGUCCAAUUGAUUGCCUUCAUUCGUGGGAAGCUACCGACAUGGUUCGCAACUAGGCGGGACGCAGCAAACAAGUGCGAAGGUGUUCUUACUCCUCGCAUUGAAGGUAUACUGACAAACAACUUUGAGAUGACUGGUGGGUAUGAGGUCAUCCAAAUAGGUGAGAAUGAGUAUGAGGUCCGCAACAAGACUGGCAGGAGCUUCCAUGUAAACCUCGGAUCCCGUAGUUGCAGCUGUUUUGAGUUUCAGAUGCUAGCUAUACCAUGCUCCCACGCUAUAGCAGCUGCGCUCAAAGCUAAGGUUAGUGUCAACGAUCUUGUAAUAGAACAAUACAAGGUGGAGUUCCUCAAGCGUGCCUAUCAAGGAACUAUACUUCCCGAGACAGCUACAUCUGGUGGGAUACCAAUGCCGGCGAUAGUAUCUGACCUCCACUUGGCUCCACCGGCAACACGGCGCCCACCGGGAAGGCCUAAGAAGUUGAGAUACUUUUCUAGAGGAGAAAAACGUAUGAAAUGCGUUCGCCGGAGGGUUACUUGCAGCAGGUGCAAGGGCAUUGGCCACAACAAAGCCACUUGCAAGAACCCAAUAUAA